UACAGAAGCAGAUUAUAAACCCACACAGAUAUAGUGAGGUCUGAUUUCUCUGUGCAGCAAUAAGCACACACUUUAUGUAUAGUAGUCCACGUGCGAAGAUGCACAGAAUUGUAGGGAAAGCCGCUUUUCUGUCCUGAAUGUCCUUGGUUAACAAUCCGAUUGAAAAUAUAAAUAUUUCCUUUAAAUUGCACCCUGGCAUGGAGUUAUUUUUUCCCUGCAAACAAAUACAAUACCUUUUCUGCACUGUAGAAACACAGUGUCCAUUCUUACAACUCAAAAAUGCCCUAUCUUUUGGAUUGAGCUGAGAGGCGACUGAGAUGUUAACAGUCAAAAGAACUGGAUUAACACUGAAUUACAAAUUUUAACAGUGUGAAACGGUAUGUUUUGAAAUUUAGGGUGAUUAUGAGAACCAUAGAAAAAAACAGGGAGGGGUGAGAGGGUUGGGGGGAAAAGGCAAGCCUCGUGCCCUUGCAGUUGAUCAUUGGUUGGAGCCACAGGGAAGGGGAGGGGCCUCAGUGUCACUGUUUCUGUAGAGAGAGAGGCAGAGUGAGCAAGACAGCAAAGGAGGAUAAAUGAACACGGGGGGUUCUCCCAGCAUCGGUAUGCCUGCCUACCUCAUUUCCAGUCCAGACACAGUUGCUGCUCCUCUGGAUAGAAAUAACAGCUGAGGUGUGUUUGCAUGUGUGUGCGCAUUUUAAAUACCAGUUACUCCGUGCACCGCCUUCAUUCUCUUAGCUAACGCCAGUCUGCUGUGAUUUUACUGCGAAGGACCAGACAGAAACUGACUAGAGCAAGCGGACAUGGAGCAGUGGUGAAAAGAGGGGUAAAGGAGAGCCAAGAAACACAAGGAAAAAUGAAGAAGGAACAGGAGAGAGAGAAGCAGAAGGACAGAUUAAAAAGGAGAUAUUAUGCUUAAUGUCUCCUUCCCUCAAUUCAUUAACGCAGCACUUUACACAAUAAUGUCUUUUCAUUGUAAGUGACUCUGUGGACUAUAAACAUAUACAAGAGCUUCAAUCAGCUUUCUGCAGCUGUAGCAGAUGUUGAAGACAUCUUUGACUUUAUAGGGAGCGGAGGCAUUUCAAGCAAAGAUUGGACUGGAAUUGCUUUAAACAAAGUCUCAUUUUGUAUUUUUUUUGUCUUCAGCUGGGAUGUUUGCUUUACUGAAUAAAAGGAAUACACACGUUUCUUUUUUUGUUUUAAUCUGUUUUUACGCUGGUGGUUUUCUAUCUUUUGUGUAAACCCACAACUGCCUGCACCGAGGACAAACCCAGGGGGCUUCCUCACCUCUCGUUGUCCUUUCCAUGCCGCCUGCAUUUGAAAUGGCAGAUGGCAGCAGUCUCUUCAUAGAACCACAACAUGCAGCUUUUUGUUUGGACUGAAACCAUACAAGCUACAAGAUGAUGAAUUCCUCCCUGGAUCCACUGAACCAAAGCUCUGCUGACCCGUCAAACUUAUCUGUGCCCUUCUGCCUGCUUGAGAUAGGCUAUUCCCAGAUUUUCACCACCUGCAUGCUUGAAAUCUCUAUCAUACUUCUUCUCACUGUUCUCAUAAUUUCUGGUAACCUGGUGGUGAUUUUUGUGUUUCACUGUGCCCCCUUGCUUAGCCAGCACACCACCAGUGCUUUCAUCCAGACUAUGGCAUACGCUGAUUUGCUGGUGGGGGUCAGCUGCCUGUUCCCCUCUCUGUCCCUCCUCCAUCACCUCAAGGGCCUCGACCCCAAACUCACCUGCCAGGUGUUCGGGUACAUGGUGUCUGUUUUGAAAUCAGUUUCAAUGGUGUCGUUAGCAUGUGUGAGUGUAGACCGCUACAUUGCCAUCACAAGACCACUGACUUAUGCAUCCCUGGUGACACCUUGUCGAAUUCGAUGCUGCAUUGUUUUAAUAUGGUUGUAUUCUGCUCUAGUGUUUCUCCCAUCGUUUCUGGGGUGGGGGAAACCUGGUUACCACGGGGAUGUGGUGGAGUGGUGCGCAGUUGAGUGGAGGACUCGUCCGGCCUUCACAACCUUUAUUGUUGCAUUGCUCUACGCACCAGCUGCUCUCACUGUUUGCUUUACCUACGCCAACAUCUUCAAGAUCUGCCGGCAGCACACCCGGGAGAUCAGCGAGCGCCGCGCACGAUACCGACCACAACAGCUGCAGGGCCCAGGAUUGUCAGUGGGAUCUGCGUUCAAGGACAACAGUGCAGUAGAGCAAGGGCAGUUAACCCACUUGUCUCAACCACAAAAACCUCAACCACAAUAUCAGCAGCCCACAUCAACAUACCCAGACAAGCGAUACGCUAUGGUAUUGUUCCGCAUUACCAGCGUGUUUUAUAUCCUCUGGUUGCCCUACAUCCUCUACUUUCUGUUGGAGAGUGGAGGGAUCUAUCACCACCCUGCAGCCUCAUUCCUAACCACAUGGCUUGCCAUCAGCAACAGCUUCUGCAACUGUCUUAUCUACAGCCUCUCUAACUCUGCCUUCAGGAAGGGCCUCAAACGUCUCUGCUCCUUCUGUUUACAGCGCAGUGGCAGUGGCUUCGGGGUUAGGAACACUAAAAAGGCUUUUGUUGGUUCUGUUGAAAAAGGAUGUGGCGUGCCGGCGUAUGGAUACGGACAUGGGGAAAUAGGAAUUGGCACAACAUGUCAUGUGUAGAGCGCACACAGAGGAAACCCUUGUGCCAAAUUGGCAUUUGAACUUUUUAAAAACCUGAUGUGAUUGCUGUAAAAUGUCUCCUCUUUUAUGCUUAAAUGUGCUGUAAAGAGAUGGAAGGAGGCAUUGAUCCGUCACUGCUGUUUUUGUCGCACUUGGAGGUUACAUAGGCGUCCUCUCUGCAGACGCCACAGCUAGCAAAGACAGAGAAAGAGAGUCAAGAGCAAAACACUGAAGGAGAAAAGGCCUAAAUAGCCCUGCAACGGGCAUGCUGAAAUGGUCCUAGAAAAACAGCAUACUGUACUGUGUAUGGACAGGGGUGAUGGAUGGAAAGGGUUGGGAUGGAGGAGACAAAGGUGUCUCUGGAGAAAUAAACUCUUUUGAGGUUAUACACUUGUAUCAAUCAGUUUUCUUUAAUGGCAAAUGAAUCCUUAACUUAUUUUGCCAAUACAUCAAAACGUUCCAAGAAAAGUCUUCUGAAAGACUGUAUGUGAAACAAUGUGCCCUUUGUUGCCAGAUUAUCAACACAGUAUGAGCUAAAUGCAAAAAAGAAGACAGUUGAUGCUGUGUUUUUGUAAUGUGGUGCUGAGGCGAAGCUCUUUACAUAUGUUUUACAUGCUCCUACCCCCUCAGUAUCUGAAAACAAAAAGUGAUGCAACGGUUUGUUUGUGUAUUUGUUGUCUUUUGUUGUUGACUGAUUGAUUGAGCUUAGUCAGUCAAAAAGAAAUGGAAAGAAAAAUGUAGGUCUAGACACAUGUCAUUUUUGAGUGAUUUUCAGUUAAUUUAUCGUUCAAUUAAUUUUUCAAAUCUUUCUCAGUUUCAUUGCCCCUUUGUUGUUUUGAUUUAUGUAACUAAAGUUAUUUCAUAAGACUCCUAUCAGACACACACACACAACACACACACACACACACACACACACACACACACACACACACACACACACACACACACACACACAUAUAUAUUCACUUUGCCAACUGGCUAGCCUCUGAAAAGGGACUGACCCCUCAACUUGCUGAAGUUAGGUUGCAUGCUUGUGUGUAUGUGAGCAUCUACAUGCAUUUGCGUGUUGUAGUCUGUGCAUGUGUGUUAUUUUGUGUGUUCUUUUCACUCUUAACUUCAUAUUUAAUGACUCCAAGUGUACAUACUGUGUCAUAAACUCAAACAUUUUAAACCAUUAUCUCUAUUUUGAACCAUGGAGAAUCAUUUUACAGUUCAUUUAGGUGCAGAUAAUCUAACUUUAUCAUUUAUAUCUAAUCUACCAAAGAAAGUUAAUUUGGUUAAAUUAUAUUGUUUUCUAAAUAUCUACCAUAUGAAGAUUUAGUUAAGUGCAAUUUAGUAAGAGGGGGUUUUACACAAAAUUUGUGUAGUUCGACUGUACUGUGUUGGCCCAGUGAUGCCUUGUCUGCAUAAAUAUGACUGUUUCAGUAAAGAGAUCUAUUGUUGCCUUGAUAUACAAAUGAAAAUGAAUUGUUGGGAAAGUAUUUUCCUUACAUUUAGUGAGGGCUUAAUUUCUACACAAGCGACUGUUUUUAGAGGCAACAGCACAGACUGGAAAUAAAAAUAUACAUUAGCCAGCCUAAAAUGACACACUCUAUACAAAAUAGCCUGAACCCCAUCUGUUGUAAGGUAAUGUCAUUGUUAAUUCAGCUACUCUCUUGUUUCCAACUGAAAUGAACCAGGCGCAAACACAUUACUCAAAACUGUUAAUAUUGUUUGUAUUUAAAAUUAUUUGUACGUGUGUGCAUAGUUGUGUAUGAGUUGUGUGUGUGUGUGUGUGUAGGUGUAUUAGGAUGUGAUCAUUGGCUAAAUUUAACUGUUUACGUUGUUCUAGCAAGGCUGCUAACAGUGUUUCAUUACUUAAUUAGCUGCACAUCACGUCUCUCCAAUACACCGUAUUUUGUGAGUGUACUGUAUGUGAGUAUGAUGUGCUAUUGUGGUAGAUUCAUGUUGUCUUUAAAUAUUUUGGCUGUCAUCUGUGAAGCAUUGCCAAAUAUUGUGAUCUUUCCUGUUUUUACUGUCUUUUGUUCAGAAAUGGCGUGGGCAGAAAUGGUGUAUUGAAUGUCUGAUUGCCAAAACACAGAAAUGUAUUUUUGUAAAAUUAUUUAGUUUCUGACUAUUCUCUUGUGAAAUGUUGCAAAAUCUAAGUAGGUUUAGUAGCAUGAUUACCUAUUGAAAUGAUUGAAGAUGUGUCUUGAUGAAGAUCCAUUUAUUUUACUUGGGCUAGGUGUAAAAUAAUACUAGGUGUCUCUACUGUCUUUUGCACUAAGAAAAUCGCUUACUUUGAAUAUGAGGCAAGAAGUUAAUCACUAAAAAGAUAUCAUUUCCCACAGAAGUUAAUGGUACAAUUCCUCAGAAAUGCGUAA